AUGCCAAAAUGUUUCCAGCUCCCCUGUUCUACCAGGAUGCCCACUGCUGAGAUCCCUCAAGCAGCUGAUGGGCAGGGUGAUGGAGGUGAUGGAGAGGAAGCUGCUGAUCCAGAGGGGAUGUUCAAGACCCCCAAAAACACCAAGAGAAAAGGCCGGGACUAUGUCCGCUUCUCGCCAAUAUUGCUGGCCUUGGCUGCUUUGGCCUCAGCAGGAGUCAUGCUCUGGUACUUCCUAGGGUACAAGGCAGAAGUGACCGUUAGCCAGGUAUACUCUGGCAGCUUCCGGGUGCUCAACCGCCAUUUCUCCCAGGACCUGGCCCGACGGGAGUCCAGUGUUUUCCGCAGUGAAACCGCCAAGGCCCAGAAGAUGCUUAAAGAGCUGAUUGCCAGCACCCGCCUGGGUGCUUACUACAACUCCAGUUCCAUCUACUCCUUUGGGGAGGGAUCCCUCACGUGCUUCUUCUGGUUUAUCCUUGACAUCCCUGAGUACCAGCGGCUGACACUGAGCCCCGAGGGGGUGCACGAGCUCCUGGUGGGUGAGCUGCUGUCCAAUAGCUCGAUCCUGGCUUCCUAUAGGACCGAAUACGAGAUGGACCCCGGAGGCCUGGUGGUCUUAGAAGCCAGCGUGAACGACAUAGUCGUACUGAAUUCCACGCUGGGCUGUUACCGCUACAGCUACGUGAAGCCAGGCCAGGUCCUCCGGUUGAGGGGGCCCGACCAGCUGGCCUCUAGCUGCCUGUGGCACCUGCAAGGGCCCGAGGAGCUCAUGCUCAAAGUGAGGCUCGAGUGGACCCAGGUUGAUUGCAGAGACCGGGUGGCGAUGUACGACGCAGCUGGGCCCCUGGAGAAGAGACUCAUCACUUCGGUCUACGGGUGCAGCCGCCAGGAACCCGUGAUGGAGGUGCUGGCGUCGGGCUCCGUCAUGGCAGUGGUGUGGAAGAAGGGCCUGCACAGCUACCAUGACCCCUUCUUGCUCUCAGUGAAGUCUGUGGCCUUCCAGGACUGCCAAGUGAACCUGACAUUGGAGGGCCGGCUGGAUCUACAGGGCUUCCUGAGCACACCCUACUAUCCCAGCUACUACUCACCCAGCACCCACUGCUCCUGGCAUCUUACGGUACCCUCCCUGGACUACGGCUUGGCACUCUGGUUUGAUGCCUAUGCGCUGAGGAGGCAGAAGUACAACCUGUUAUGUACGCAAGGCCAGUGGAUGAUCCAGAACAGGAGGCUGUGUGGCUUCCGCACCCUGCAGCCAUAUGCGGAGAGGAUCCCCAUGGUGGCCUCGGCUGGUGUCACCAUCAACUUCACCUCCCAGAUCUCCCUUACGGGCCCUGGUGUGCAAGUGUACUACAGUUUGUACAACCAGUCAGACCCCUGCCCUGGAGAGUUCCUCUGCUCUGUGAAUGGACUGUGUGUCCCUGCCUGCGACGGGGUCAAGGACUGCCCCAAUGGCCUGGAUGAGAGAAACUGUGUCUGCAGAGCCAUGUUCCAGUGCCAAGAGGACAGCACGUGCAUCUCACUGCCUCGAGUCUGCGACCGGAAGCCCGACUGUCUCAAUGGCAGUGAUGAAGAGCAGUGCCAAGAAGGAGUGCCCUGUGGGACAUUCACCUUCCAGUGUGAGGACCGGAGCUGUGUGAAGAAGCCCAACCCAGAGUGUGACGGGCACUUGGACUGUAGUGAUGGUUCUGACGAGCACCAUUGCGACUGUGGCCUCCAGGGCCCCUCCAGCCGCAUUGUGGGCGGGUCCGUGUCCUCCGAGGGUGAGUGGCCAUGGCAGGCCAGCCUCCAGAUUCGGGGUCGACACAUCUGUGGGGGGGCUCUCAUCGCUGACCGCUGGGUCAUAACAGCCGCCCACUGCUUCCAGGAAGACAGCAUGGCCUCCCCGAGGCUGUGGACUGUGUUCCUGGGCAAGGUGCGGCAGAACUCACGCUGGCCAGGCGAGGUGUCCUUCAAGGUGAGCCGUCUGUUCCUGCACCCGUACCACGAGGAGGACAGCCACGACUAUGACGUAGCCCUGCUGCAGCUGGACCACCCUGUGGUAUACUCGGCCACCGUGCGCCCCGUCUGCCUGCCCGCGCGCUCUCAUUUCUUCGAGUCGGGCCAGCAGUGCUGGAUCACAGGCUGGGGAGCCCUGCGAGAGGGUGGUCCCAGCAGCAGCACCCUGCAGAAGGUGGACGUGCAGCUGGUCCCUCAAGACCUGUGCAAUGAGGCCUACCGCUACCAGGUGACCCCGCGCAUGCUCUGUGCUGGCUACCGUAAGGGCAAGAAGGACGCCUGCCAGGGUGACUCUGGAGGUCCCCUGGUUUGCAGGGAGCCCAGCGGCCGCUGGUUCCUGGCAGGGUUGGUUAGCUGGGGCCUGGGCUGUGGCCGACCCAACUUCUUCGGCGUCUACACUCGUGUUACGCGCGUGAUCCACUGGAUCCAGCAGGUGCUGACCUGAGCGGCUGGCUGUUCUACAGAGCUGGAACGACCUCCGGCCCAAGUUCAGGGCACCCACCCAGCCAGGGCACAAGU